UAACGCUAAAGAGACGUAUUUACUACUAAGAAACAUGCCACCAACACAGGAUUCAGAGGAUAUUUUGAAGAUACUUGUAGCCACCGAUAUUCACCUUGGUUAUGCAGAAAAAGAUGGAAUUAGAGGAAAUGAUUCGUUAGUAGCUUUUGAAGAGAUUCUUGAAAAUGCCAAAAAUCAUGAUGUUGACUUUAUCCUUCUUGGAGGAGAUCUCUUUCAUGAAAACAAACCACCUCGAAGAAUAAUGCAUGGAUGCAUUUCCCUUUUACGCAAAUACUGUAUGGGGGAUAAACCAGUUCAGUUUGAAUACCUUAGUGAUCAAUCAAAAGAUUUCAACCAUUGUCAGUUUCCAUAUCUUAAUUACGAAGACCCAAAUUUGAAUAUUUCUAUUCCGGUAUUCUCAAUACAUGGUAACCAUGAUGACCCAACGGGCCAAGGGAACCUUUGCACCCUGGACAUUCUACAUACCUCAGGGUUUGUCAAUUACUUUGGAAAACACACUUCUUUAGAAAAAAUAGAAAUGAGUCCUCUGCUGCUUCAGAAAGGUUCCACAAAGUUAGCCAUGUAUGGUCUUGGCUCUAUCAGAGAUGAAAGAUUGCACAGACUGUUUUUAAAGAAGUCAGUUACAAUGUUGAGACCUAGAGAAAAUCAAGAUGAAUGGUUCAACAUGUUUGUAAUACACCAAAACAGAUCAAAACAUACCACAACAAACUAUAUUCCUGAACAAUUUCUUGAUGAUUUUCUAGACCUUGUGAUUUGGGGUCAUGAACAUGAAUGUAGAAUUGAACCGGAAUGGAAUAGUGUUCAAAAUUUUUAUGUUAGUCAGCCAGGUAGCAGUGUUGCUACCUCACUGAGUGAGGGAGAGACUGUAAAAAAGCAUGUUGGUUUACUACAGAUCAAAGGUAAAGAUUUCAAAAUGACCAAAAUUCCAUUGGAGACAGUUCGCCCCUUUUACAUGGAGGAUGUGGUACUAAGUGAUACUAGUCUGAAUCCUGAGGACCACAACAUAGCUAAGAAGGUGGAGGCUUUCUGUGUUGAAAAAGUUGAAAGUUUAUUGGAAAAAGCAGAAUCUGAACAUUCUGGAAAUGGCAAGCAACCAGAUCAGCCAUUGAUAAGACUACGAAUAGAUUACAGUGGUGGAUUUGAACCUUUUAGUGCCCACAGGUUUGGACAAAAAUUUAUUGACAAGGUUGCUAAUCCCAAAGAUAUGGUACAGUUUCAAAGAAAAAAAGUCUUCUCAGCAAAAACCGAUUCAAAACAAGAUAUAGAUGCCCUAGGAGCCAUUAAAGCUGACACAUUAGACACAUCUAGAGUGGAAGACAUGGUCAAAGAUUAUUUCAACAGUUCUGACUGUAAGAUGCAGCUGCAAUUAUUGACAGAGAAGGGUAUGGGCCAGGCUGUACAGGAAUUUGUGGACAAAGAGGAGCGUGAGGCCAUCUCAGAGCUUGUCAAGUACCAACUCCAGAAAACCCAGACUUACCUGAAACAGAGAAAUGCAAAUGAAGAAAUCAUUGAUGCUGAAGUGACUCGGUACAAGGAGGAGAGGAAGAAGAAGAAAGAGGAUGAUGAGGAAGUAAAGGAGGCCAUAAAGAGGGCACAGGCAAGCCGCUCCCAGCAGGAAGAUGAUGAUGAAGAAGGGGAGGUUAGUCCAAUAGACUCUGAUGACAACCAGGCUCCAACAGGUCGUGGGAGGGGACGGGGGCGUGGAAGUACGAGGGGAAGGGGGACGGGGGCUCGAGGUGGCAGGGCAAGAGGCAGAGGAGAAGGAACAUCAACCAGAGGAGGAAGAGGAAAGAAGAAGGAAUCUGUUGUAGCUGAGAGUCAGAACAGAAGUAUCAUGGAUGCCUUUGCUUCACAAAAAUCAAAGAAACCAUCAAAUUCCAGGGUACACAACCUGUCUGAUUCUGAGGAGGAAGAUGUCAUGAACAUAUCGGAUGAGGAUGAUGAAUUCAGUAACAUCUCUUCUGCUUCAAGUAAGAAGAAGCAGCCUGUGGCCAACACUUCCUCCAGGAGGUAUAACUCAAGUUCCAGCAAGAAACGAGGUGUGGCAUUUGACUCUGAUGAUGAUGACGAUCUAUUUCCAACCAGAAAACGAAGAAAAUAAAGAUUGAUCAGAACUGGAAGACCUUUUCUAUGUGACUUUCACAGACUAAAUAUGUGAUAAUAUUGUGUUGAUUUGGUUAGUGUCAUGACAGCAUCAAUAACAGUUUGUAAUAAUUUACAUGAGUCCAAACUUUCAUCAUGGAAAAAUGGCAUGCCACAUGCAGAAAUCAGAUCCCAUGAUGGACUAAUUACAUCUAAAACUGUUUGUUGUUUGAACCAAAACUUUGACAGAUCUCGAUUGUAGUUACUUUACUGGGGGAUAUCUAAAACUAACAUACUUUUGGUGCCUUACAUCUUUACAUUCAGAACACUUACUCAUCGUUAGUUUAUCCUGUUUGGGCUUCAAGUUCAAUCUUUCUUGACUUUCACUUGCCAUUCAUCAUUUUAAUCAACAACCACUGAUCGCUUUGAAUCCUGGUUGGCUUCCUCUAAUGGCAUUGUGAUUGGGAAAUUGUUGCCUUUCAGUAAUUUUGUGCAUUUCAAUACAAGAUUUUAAGACAAAUUGGCAAAAUAUCAAACAUUUUGUCAAUAUCAGCAAUACUUUUGCUUGUUAAAUAAUUAAGAGUACAAAGUCAUAUUUCUUUUCAUUAGGAUUGUUCGAUUACAGUCUUUUUUAUGUUGCACAAGUUCUAUAGAUGAUUAUUAAAAAGUGCUCAAAUUGGCGAUCAGACCUGAUUGGCUUUAUAACCUAAACUGAUUUUUCAUUAUUCAUUAUUUUAUUAAACCCAUUCAAGUCCUUAAACUAAAUUUGGACUCAGACUAAGAAUUCCUCAAUGUUAUAUGAAGUUGUUGAAGAUGUAAGUUGUUAGUUGUAUUUCUGAUUCUGUGCAUCAAGUGCCAGUCAGAUUCUUUUUCCUUUAUUUUUUGAUUGGUUGUAGCCAUAAACUAGUAUCAUAUUCAAAUACAUUUCUCUUGAUUGAUGAAUAUUUUCAUUAUUGUUAGUUAUGACCAUAAUUUUUUGUUUUCUGGAAGUAUUUUAUUUUUGUUACUAUAUAGCAUUAAAGGCUUUCUAGAUAACACUGAUGGUGUUUUUAUUAGCUCAUGUGACAGAAACAAGUGUUUAAACAACCAGCCAUUAAGAUAUUGAGCAAAUGAGGGCACUUUCAAAUAAGCAGUUGAAAUGGUUGGACCAGUUGACCCUACAAGAAAAACGUGAGGUACAAAUCGGUACCAAGGCUGGACUACGCAGUAUUUGUACCUGUCUGAAACUAAUUUGCUGAAUAUCAUUGGUUUCAAAUUUCAUCAUAAAAAGUAAGGUUAGUGCACUCACAUAUUUCACAUAAUUAAAGUUAAUUGAUUUCUGCUUGACAGGAAAUUCCAAAAUAGUGCAUUUUUAACUUUACAUACACGUACCAGGUAAAUCAGGUUCAACAUCCAGUACAAGUGCAUUCGGGUAUAGUGGGAUAAUUUCAGACCAUCUGAACAUUUCAAGUGGGUU